UGUCCAAGGAAAGGAAGAUGCACGAGUGGAUGCUACAUUCAAGAAAAGACGACCUAUUUCUAAAAAAAACAUUGCAAAUAUCGUCGAAGUCGCCUUUUAAAAGAUAAAUAAAUAGCUCACAACUUCUAACAUCCCAGGCCGUGUAACGCAGGAGAGGUGUCUCAUGUCAUCACUGGAGUCCAUGAAGAAGGACUGUUUGGCAUCCAGCACCUUGUCAUCGACCUCUUUAAAAGGCACUUUAACCAAAAUCCACAGCAGAAAACACGAAGCCCGGGAGAAGCUCUUAACACACAGCCCAGAGGAGACCGAGGAAGACUGUAAUACUUGCAGUCUCUCUCUCCCCAGUUGCAGUUGCAGCAGUUGCAAUCGCACGGUUCGCAGGAUCCUGGUUGCGUGCGUUAUCUCUUUCCUAGCUCUGUUUUGCUCCGUGGCCAUGGACUUCAGUUCCUCAUUGAAUCAGUGGCAGAUGUCUGAGAACUGCCUCACUGAACUGACAUCCUGCAGGAUUCAGGCUACACUCCGAAUCAUUACUGAGCUCCAAAUGAUGAGAAACUCGUGCUCGUUGAGAGAGAGCGAACAUGACGAUCAAGAGAUGUUUGAAGAGAAGCCUGAACUUCCUGAAUUGUCAGCCAUCCUAGACACUUGUACAGGUGUGGAAACGGACGGCUUGGGGCAGCCUUGUGGCGCAGAGCUGGCUGAGUUUUGUGAGCGGCUUCAGUCGGACUUUUGGGAGUUUGUUAGAGUGAUGUGGGGGGAUGAUCCAACAUGCAGCAAUGGGACAUGGAUUUUCACUCCUGCAAUUGAAAAGAUAUUAGACUUAUCGGGCAUGAGAGAUGUGGACAUGGGUCUUCUGAAGCACGGUGCAGACUGGACAGACAUGAUCACGCUGAGAUAUCUAGUAACAUUCCAAGAGCUGAACUAUCAGUGGAUCUUGAAUGAAGGAGAACCAGACAUCCAGUAUAAAUGGUUACAAACUUUAACCACACUGAUGGUCCUCCAAGAAAUAUCUGAGAAUUUCCAGAGCUGCUGGAUGGAGAAUGUCGACCAGGAACUCAACUCGAAAGACUUUUCCCUCUAUAACCCUGGUUCCUCUUCAGAAGGAGCCCGAAUGUUCAUUUUUGCCUUGAGGAACAUCCAGAACUGCUUUCUUGCGAGGACCACAUCAGCCCUGAAGCUGAAAUCCAGAGAUGUUUCAUCCAGCAUAAGCCUGAAGAUCUGCCUGCUCACCAUUGCAUGCCUCAUCUACCCCAUUGUGCUACUCUCCUUUAAGCAGAUGACGGGGUGGAUCCAGGACUAUGCACAAACUUUGAACGAGAAGACAGAAGCUUUGAAAAAUCAGAGGCAGCUUGCUGAGGAUCUCCUUCAUCAGAUGCUGCCCAAGUCCGUGGCUAAGCAGCUUCGCAAAAACAGACACGUGGAGGCUGAGAGCUAUGAGAGUGUUACAAUUUUCUUCUCAGACAUCGUGGGCUUCACUGCCAUAUCAGCCUCGUGCACACCUCUACAAGUCGUUGAGAUGCUCAACAAUCUGUACAUGUGCUUCGAUACGCGCAUCGACUCUUACGACGUCUACAAGGUGGAGACUAUCGGCGAUGCCUACAUGGUCGUGAGCGGGCUUCCUGAGAGAAAUGGGGAUAAACAUGCUGAUGAGAUCGCCAAGAUGUCUCUAGACCUGGUGGCUGCUGUGAGGCAGGUUUCCAUUCCCCACAUGCCCAACAAACGGCUUCAGCUUCGAGCAGGGAUACACACAGGACCAUGUGUAGCUGGAAUUGUAGGCUACAAGAUGCCCAGGUACUGCCUGUUUGGAGACACAGUAAACACAGCCUCCCGAAUGGAAUCCACCAGCCUGCCUCAGAAGAUCCAUGCCAGCUCUGCAACUUACCUGGCUCUGAUGAAAGACAACGCAUAUGAGCUCCAAUUACGGGGAGAGAUCGAGGUGAAGGGGAAAGGAAAAAUGAACACCUACUGGUUGAUCGGCCACAAAAACUACAGUGUCCAGAAUGACAGUCUGGUGUGCCACUGGAACCCGAACCUCUCCAGAAAGAAAAAGACCCCUAUAGGGAGUAAUGUCUCAAUGGCAAAUUCCACUAUCACAGUACAGAGCGUGAGCGAAAGAACCACGCCGGUUUCCCAGCCUGAGGCUCUUUACAUACCAGAGACAUCAGAGGUCACGAUGUGUGUGUCGGCUCAGGUGGAGAACGUUGUGGGCGACGAAGGAACGCUCGGUUCAAUGAUGGGGGCUCUUCAGGAUGAGGACAACUCCACCAACCCACAAAUGCACAGAGAAACCUCACUACCAGGCCUCGUGCCACACUGCUAGACAGAACUGAGAGAUACACAUGAUUGUGCAUUUUACAUGUUUUUUUUGUUUUGUUUUGUUUUUUUAGAUAAACAGGUUCAAGGACACUUAGUAUUAUUUUACUAAGUUCUUAGCUUAUGUUCUUAGCCAUUUUAAAAUGGUAGACUCUCAUCUCAUUUAAGUCAAUGAGACAAAGCAGUUUGGACAGAUUUCUAAUAGCCUAACUGCAUCAUACAAGACACAAACAGUUAUUUUAUUGAACAGAGACAUUUCAAUGCAAGAAACAUUUUUUCCAUUUCAGUUCAGCUAGAAAGAGUAAUAUACUGUAGGUCAUAUCAAACGCAAAAUUGACAGCCAUUAUUAUAUUUUCCUUUUGAUUUCCAGUCAUAAGCAUUUUACUGUAAGUGACACACAGAAAAAUAGUGUCCAGGGUAAAAAAAAAAGAUCUGCAAACUGCAUGUCAUUGUGGGACCGACAUAAGUUAAAUAUGGCCUUGGUGGGGUUUUAGAUGGACCUGGGCUAAUACUGGGGCUCAUUUAGGCUGCUCAGGAAAACUUACAUGGGCUAAGAGACGGUAGGGACACAUAUGGAACCAGGACAUGAUGGCACAUGUUGGUCCACCUGUAGACCACCUACACCCCACAUGGAUUUUUAUGGGCUCCAUUUUGGUGGCCAAAUGGGGGUCCAAAAACCUGCCCAUUGCUAUUCCAUAUGGACAUGUUUGUUGGCAGUGUACAAAUUUCAUUCAUAUCCGAAACAGUCAUGGGUUGGACGCAAGUGCACAAAGCAGACAAAUCCAAUAGGGAAAAUCAAAAUUUACAGAAAGGCAAAGUAUCAGGAGGUCAACAAAUAAAUUUAGGUGAUGAGGCAGAGCUCAGAAAGUGUAUAUACAAACGAAUGCUAGUAGCAAGACUUUGAAAAGAUACACUGAAAGUAUGGGUUAUUUAUGUGGAAUGUACUAUUUGGGAACAGGUGAACGAUGUUGCCGAUCAUUUGACACGGCUCAUUUGUUGUUCGUUGUUAGGCUGAGGUUCUGGAAAACAGAAUUUGUGUUUGAACGUGAAUAGCUUUAGCAAUUUCAGUUUACAUUAUAAUUUCUCUUAUUGACUACUUCAUUGUAUUUAGGACUGUACAAAUGUAUGUCUCUUUUCUCUCAUUGGUCUUCUAUUUUUAUUUGGUUCAAAUCUUUAUGUCUUUUUAUGUGAAACGAUGGUGAGAGACUGUAGAUAGGAUUUCAGUAUGCUGUGCAUUAUAAAUAACCAUACAUACCUGAGUGUUUAACAAAUUAAACACACCGCUCCAAUCC